AUGAGUACCGCAGUUGACAUCCGGCCAUUCCACCUUUCCAUCGACAACACACAGCUGGUUGAUUUGCAAAAGCGUCUCGAUUUUGUUCGAUGGCCUGACAAUGAGACUGUGCCCGGCUGGACGCAAGGAGCCCCAGCCUGGUUCAACAGCUAUCCUCAGUUUGUUGCAGGUGUGGACGGGGAAGAAAUACACUUUCUUCGUAUUAAGUCUUCGAACAAGAAUGCGUUGCCUCUGCUGCUGAUCUACGGCUGGCCAGGCUCCGUGCUGGAGUUUCGGAAAGUCGUUGAUCCUUUGAUCAACCCAGAAGCUCAUGGCGGUUCUGAAGAAGAUGCUUUCCACCUCGUCGUUCCAUCUUUGCCAGGCUAUGGAUGGUCGUCGAAACCCAAAGCCGCGGGAUGGAAUCACCAACGCAUCUCGGAUGCAUUUGUUACUCUCAUGGAAUCUUUGGGCUAUGACCGUUGGGUCGCUCAAGGUGGCGACUGGGGCGCAGACAUUGUUGCGAUCAUGGCGAGUAACAAGCCUCCUCAAUCUCUUAUUGGCGUACACAUGAACAGUGUCUUCUUCGAAGCCCACAAAGAGAUCGCGAACGAGCCAUCAAACGUCGGCGAAGAGCUUGCUCUGAAGAGACAGCUACGACUUGAAGAAGACGAGAAUGGGUAUUUCAAGCUUCAAGCUACUCGCCCUCAGACCAUCGCCUACUCAUCAGCAGACUCUCCCGUCGGGCAAGCGGCUUGGAUAUACGAGAAAAUUUACCACUGGACACAGCAUUCCGGCGACCUACAGGAAGUUCUGACUAUGGAUGAGAUCCUGGACGACAUUAUGGUUUACUGGUUGAGCAACUCAGGCGGCUCAUCGGCGAGACUCUACUGGGAAGAUGACGAUAACACCGCCCUGCCCAUCUCCAUCCCAGUCGGAGUGAGCAUCUUCCCGGGUGACCUUAACUACGCACCCCGAAGCUGGGGCGAACGAUACUACUCUAAUAUCGUGCACUGGAGAGACGUUGAGAAGGGCGGUCACUUUGCCGCAUGGGAAGUUCCAGGUCUAUUCGUGAGGGAGGUUAGAGAUACGUUCAGGCACGUCCGAUGA